AUGGCUUAUCUUCCAAGAAAAGAAUCGAGAAUCAAGAAAAGCGGCCUAUAUGUGGCCUACAGUAGCGUAUUGAACGCUAUCGUUAACGGCUCUACCACAGACGAGGGACUUCUGGUUGCCGAUGGAUUAGUCCAGGAUAUCCAAUCAUUUCCCGUAGCCUAUAAUGAGUUGCCAUUGCAGCAGAUUUAUGGCUUCUACGGACUGGACCAUGUGACGAGGUCUGAAGCUGAGGAGUUGGCCCGAUCCCUGAACAUCCCUUACGUGGAGUGUUCGGCUAAACUGAGGAUGAACGUUGAUCAAGCAUUCCACGGAGUUGUUCGAUUAGUACGAAGGGUGGAUGGUCAGCCAGGUUUAGCAAGUAUCAUGGCUGCCUACAGGUUCUCCUUGGGCGAACUCGCUUUUAAAACACCUCGUUUCCUUGGCGAUGUUCUGUCGACG